UUUUUCCACAAAUUGCAACUAUUAAAUGAAAGGAAGGAAAGGAGACACACAUAAUUUUGGCGUUUGGAAUUUAGAGGGAAGGCUAUAGCUAUUUUGCAAUUCGUGCCAAAUACAUUAUGCCUAUUGGUGUUUCCCUGCAGGUGCAACCGCAUAUAUUCCAUUUAUACUUUGUGUAUUAUUCACAUUUCACUUUCUUGUGUGUAUGUAUGCUUCUCUAAGCUAUAUAUAACAUAUAUGUGUUCUAGUGGGUGAAAAAGGUAGGGAAAGAGAUUAGAUUAUAGAUGGGUGUUCCAUCGUUCUAUCGUUGGCUGGUGAAGAAGUAUCCUAAAGUAGUAGUAGACGCCAUUGAUGAAGCUAAAGGAGACUACAGCAUUGAUUCAAGCUUACCAAACCCUAAUGGGAUUGAGUUUGAUAACCUUUAUCUUGACAUGAACUGCAUCAUCCAUCCCUGCUUCCACCCAGAUGAUGACCAUCAUCCUAAUCAUGAUGGACUCUCAGCAGCACCUACUACAUUUGAAGAUGUAUUCAAUAACAUAUUUGAAUACAUUGAUCAGCUUUUCAGUAUUGUAAGGCCAAGGAAGUUGCUAUACAUGGCAAUUGAUGGAGUUGCUCCAAGAGCAAAAAUGAACCAACAACGUGCCAGGCGUUUCAGGACGGCCAAGGACAAAGAAAUUUAUGAAGCAGAGGAAAUGAAACUGAGAAAACAGUUUGAGAUGGAAGGGAAACAAGUACUUCCAAAGCAGGAAUCAGAGACUUCUGACUCUAACAUAAUCACACCAGGAACUGAGUUUAUGCAUGAAUUAUCAAAGGCUCUCCAAAGAUAUAUCAGUUUACGACUAAGCACUGAUUUGGGCUGGAAGGACAUUAAGGUAAUACUUUCUGAUGCCAAUGUUCCUGGUGAAGGAGAGCACAAGAUAAUGUCUUUCAUCCGCCGUCAGAGACAGCUUCCUACAUAUAACCCAAACACCCACCACUGCUUAUAUGGCUCGGAUGCUGAUCUUAUAAUGCUUGCUUUAGCAACUCAUGAAAUACAUUUUUCAAUAUUGCGAGAGGAUUUGCUCAAUCAUGAUCAAAUACAUCACAGUUCUAAAUCAGUUUCAAAAGCAAGCAUUUCUUCUGUGGUAAAGUGUAAACAGCCCCAUCAGUUUCUGCAUAUUUGGAUUCUGAGGGAAUAUUUGGAGCUUGACAUGCAAAUCUGUGACCCUCCUAAAGAUUUGAAAUUAGAUGUGGAGCGAUUAAUCAAUGAUUUUAUCUUCAUGUGCUUCUUUGUGGGAAAUGAUUUUCUUCCCCACAUGCCAACUUUGGAAAUCCAUGAGGGUGCUAUUGACUUGUUGAUGACUGUUUACAAAAAAGAAUUCAAGAGUUUUGGUGGAUAUCUGGUUGAUAUGGGCCGGAUCCUGGACAAAAAGGCAGGUUAUAUCAAACUAUCAAGAGUAGAGAAAUUUAUACUCUCGGUUGGUGCAUAUGAGGAGAAAAUUUUCAUGAAAAGAUCAGAUUUACGAGAACGCAAGCUCAGAAAUCUUUGCAAUAAUUCUAAUAAUCUGGAGGAAGAAGAGGACAGCAUUGGAAGUUUAUUGUCUGCUGCAAUUGCAUCAGUGGAAAAUGUUCCUUCUACAAGCAGAACGCUAAACAAUCAAUGCUCUUAUUCUGAAGUUUUGGAUAGUACAAAGGAGUUUAAAAGUAAAAUAAAAGAAAUCCUCAAAAGAAAAUCUGACCUGUUUUACAAUGGCAGUUUUGGGACUAACAGUGUGAAAUUGAGUUCUCCUGGGUUCAAACAAAGAUACUACAAAAUGAAAUUUUCAGCGCAAAGCCCAGAAGAAGUUGAACACACAAGGAAAAUUUUGGUUAAGAAGUACACAGAAGGUCUACUCUGGGUUCUUUUGUACUAUUUUUCAAGUCCACCAUCAUGGACAUGGUUCUACCCUUUCCAUUAUGGACCAUUUACAUCUGAUCUGAAGGGCUUAUCACAGGUUAAAAUGAAAUUUGAAAAAGGUUCACCAUUUAAACCAUUUGAUCAACUUAUGGCUGUCUUACCUCCAAGAAGUGCUAAUGCAUUACCAAAAGCUUAUCAGCCACUUCUACUUGAGGACAGUUCCAGUAUUAUUGAUUUCUAUCCUAAUGAUUUUGAAGUUGAUGAGGAUGGACAACGUUUUUCAUGGCAGGGAAUAUGUAAGCUUCCAUUUAUAGAAGAGGAACGCCUUCUCUCAGAGACUAAAAAAUUAGAUAAAGAACUAAAGGAAGAAGAAAAAGUGCGAAACACAGAACAAUUCGAUCGGCUGUUUGUGCGAUGCACACAUAGGUUGGCAUCACAAACUUUGUCACUUCCUGAAAAUAGUAGUGAGGGCAAGUUAGACUGCGAUUUGAGUCUGGAAAUUGGUGGUUAUAUACAUUCUCAUCAAAUCAUUAUGGAUUUGGAAGAGCCACAUGAUCCAAAACCAGAACAGAAUGUCUUAUGCGUGCUGUACAAGUUGCCUGAUUGUGGUAUUCAAGUUCCUCAUCUUCUAGACGGUGUAAAAAUUCCUGACAAGAUCAUUACCAAAGAAGACCUCAAUGACACCCAACUUUGGCAUGAAUAUCGAGGAUCUAAUCCCCCCCACAGGUCUCUGAACCAGGAAAGGUUUGGAAAAGCAAAUAUCAAUGGAAACUCGAAGUUUAACAAUACGCCAAGCUCAUCUCAGAAUUACGUACUUGCUGGUUCUGGAUGGUCAAGUGCUAGUAGGGGAAAACCUAUCAGCGGUCAAGAUGUGUCCAUGCACAAAGGUGCCAGUUUGGGUCCUGAAUGGGGUGCUGGAAGGGGAAGAGGAAAACCAACCCAUCCCUCUAGGCAGAUGAAUUUUACGGGGUUCAGGGAAUUUACAGUUUCAGGUCCAAGCCCAAGGUCCUCCUCAUCUGAUAUUAAUGGAAGAGUUCAUCCAGUGAACGGCAGUUUCUGGCCAUCUAGAAAUGGGGCAAUUCAAGAUAUUAAUCAUGCUUGGCAGCCAAGUUUUCAAGCCAGGGGUAUUCGGCCUGGUCCAGCCACUUGGAAUCCACAAGCGGGCUCAAUAUACACCUGGAAACACACUUACAGUUCUGUAGCAAACUGGCCUAGUCCUGCCUCUGGGAGCCAUCGAGCCAAUUCAACAAAUACUAGGCCACACAAAUCAGGUUCAGCAGCAAACCAGUUUCGUCCAGUCAAUUGGGACCAAUGGGUUGGUUCAACAUACGCAUGGCAACGUCGUUCUGGUUCGACUGCACAACCUUCAACGGAAGGCAGCGGCAGAGACUGAGCUUCUACUAAUUGACAGUUAGACCUGAUCAACUGGUGCUUUGUAACAAUUAAUUUCUGACUAAUCCAAGGUUCUAAAGACCUAUCGACAUUGUCAAUGACUUGUUUUUGGUAAAAUCUUGUUUUGAAAGGAUUUUAAGCAAAUCAAUCGGGUGCUACAUAAUGCAUGCAUAAAGUCAGAAACAAGUAAUUCCGUUUCCUAA